CUUUAUAAAGAAGGUGCUUCAUCCUGUACAGAUGGAUGUGAUUUAAAAGGCUCACAGAACACCCCUGUGACCAGUGGGAUAUCCCUGGCAACAAGUGACAUCGGCUCGGGGGUCUCCAGCCCUGCCUCGGGCACCGCACGCUCAUGUCACAGUGCCCACACAAGGGCAUCAUGGUGACACCUGAGCAUCUCCCACUGGAACCCCCAGGCCCUUCUCAAUAGUAAUUUGCCCUUCUUUAUGUGUUUAUCUGUUUAUUUAUUUAGUUCUUCUGGAAAUAAAACGUUUGAAUCGUUAACCUUUCCGUUUAUUAUGUCCUUUUAUAAAGUCAUACAGUCAGUUCUAGAUCAAGUUCUAGAUCACAUUGCCCAGGGCUCCAUCCAACCUGGACUCUCAAGGCAGCCUGUCCCACUACCUCACCUCUCCCUCAGCAAAAAACAUGCCCCUGAGAUCUAAUAUAAAUCUCUCCUUAAGUUUAAAACCUUUCUCUCUGUCCUACCACUAGCAACUCUUGCAUAAAGUUCAUAACCCUCCUCUUUCCAAUCUCCACUUCAAUACAGGGACACCACAAUGAGGCGUCCCCACAACCUUCUUUUCUCCAUGCUGAAACAAACCCAGUUCAUUCAGCCUACCUUUACGGGAGCAGAGCCCUAGCCCUUGGAUCAUCAUGGUGGCCCUCGUCUGCACUCUCUCCAAGAGCUCUGCACCCCUCCUGGGUUUGAGAACAGGGCACAGGGCUGAUCCAAGUUGCCAUUACCAAAAUGCCAAACCUUUUCCUGGGGAUGCUCUCCAGCUGCCUGCCCUCCUGUAUGAACACAGGGCCAGGGCUGUCCCACAGGCAUAACUCAACACGUGUUUUUUUGGAAAACUUCACAUGCUUGCUGCCUGCACAGCCCUCCCAUUGGCCAAAACCUCUGCAAGGCUUCUCUGCCUUUGAGGGGCUCAACAGCUCCUCCAGCUUAGCACUUUCCUCAAACAUAGAUGCACUACAGCCCUGCAUCCAGACACUACUUCUACAUCACGCCUUGCCUUUACAGAGAAGGCGCUUGAUCCUGUACAGAGGAGUGAGAGUUAAAAGGCUCAGAGAAGAUCCCUGAUUUCCUUGGCUCACUUUCUCUGCCUCUAAAAUACCAAAGAAAAGCAAAGGAACCAAAGAGCAGUUGCACACAUCCUGUUUACGCCAUCAGCACAGUGUAUUUUGUGUCUUUCUCCAUGCUGGACCUACAGAGCAGCCUCUGCACCGCUUCUGACACUGCAGAGCACCGCUUGGGCACACAGCUACUCCCUUGCACAAGCUGUGCUACGGAAAUCAUGCUGCACUGGCAAGAGGUGGACACAAACUGGGAGGAAAUGGCUGUUUUAUUAGGGUACCAGUGCUUGGGAAAGGGAUUUCAGCCCCAUCAGCAGAAGUAGGGGGACACCCAGGAGGCCAGCAGGGAGCAACUUGGGGGAGAAGACAGGGAAGGGGCAGCAAGGCCUCGAUGAGGGCUGGUCUCCUUCCAACACAGUGCAUUUGCCUCACGACUCAAGUUCAAACAGCUGUGGCUCAGGGCAGGACCAGCAACAGUGCUGUGCAGUGACAUCGGCGGCUCCAGCCCUGCCUUCGGCACCGCACGCUCAUGUCACAGUGCCCACACAAGGGUGUCAUGGUGACACCUAAGCAUCUCCCACCGGAACCCCCAGGCAGUGCCGCCACAUUCCCCGUGCCAGCAGGCAGGGCGGACACUGGCUCGCUGCACAAGUGGGUGCACACUCACUCUUUGGUUCAAUCAGACAAGAGACACUGAAAUGGAGGCAUCAGCUGCGGAAACAGCUUCUGCUGCUGAUCUGGAGGAGCUGUUUGAGACCUCGGGCUCCGCUUCCACUGAUUCGGCAGCUCACGACCAAGCACCAGCUGGCCACGCUGCUGAAACACCAACCGUGGAAGGAAAGGACUCACAAACGUUUCCCAAUGAAGAGGAAACCAACGGUUUCCCUCUGAGUCCCUCUAAGGAAGGCGCUGGCCAAGCCAGUGUCUUCUCAGCCCUCAGCUUCCCACAGAAACUCUGGGUGCUGGCCGAAAGUGACCAAGUGAAGAGCAUCUGGUGGGGCCACGGAGGAAACUGCCUCGUGAUCGAGGAACAACUGUUCAUGGUGGAAGUCCUGGCCAAGGAAGCGCCUGUGAGAGCAUUUGGCUGUACAGGCAUGAAGAGCUUUGUUCGCCAGCUCAACCGCUACGGCUUCACCAAAGUGCCACGGGACCUGGAAAGAUCUCCGUCCCUUCCUGAGUUUCUGGCUGAGGAAGAAGCCACUGCUGCCCAGAGGAAGUUACUCCUCUACUCCUGCCCACUCUUCAGGAGAGAUGACCCGGGGCUGUUGGAGCACUGCAAGCUAAGAGCGGCCCGGAAGAGAAGAGCUGAGGCUGCCCCUAGCCCGGGCCUGCAGGAGGCUCUGAAUGAGAGCCCCCAGAAGAGCAGCCCAGGAUCCCAGUCCACGCAGGCAGCAGCUGCUGGGCCAGAGAGGAGCCUGCAGGCAGCAGAACCACAAGGCACGCAGGCAGCAGCAAGCGUGGGGCCCCCGCCGGCCAAGCUCCCCAAGACAGACAGCCCCGGGGCCUUGGCAGGCUCUGCUCACAGAGCACCAGCGCCACAGCAGUGCCAGGCCCUGCCCUGCUCCACGCUGCCUGCGAGCAGCAGCCCGAUGCUGGGUGCUGCCCGUGCUCCUCCACCGCACGCUGCUCUGCCCUUCGUGCUCCCCACUUUCACACCCGGCUCUCCUCGGCAGGAGCUCUCCCAGGCACCGCGUGCAACACCACAGCUGCAGGCUGCCUGGGACGCUCUGCCUUUCCUUAGCUUCUGCUUUGCAAUGGCCAUGAGGGCAGCGGCUACGAUGAUGCCAGCACACCGGCAGCCCCGCGCAGCCCCGCACUGCCCAAUGUGCAGCUGCAACCAGCACCAGGCAGAUGCCAGCCACGGCACGGCUCCGUAGUGCUGGACCCACUGCACGCAGCACCCCCUUACUUGUUCCUAGUUUGUAGCCCAUACGUACAUGUGUCUGAAAAAAGAAUUUUUCAGUAAGGAACCUUCUUAUUUCUCAUGUUCCUUUAUUUACCUAUUUACCUAUUUAUUUGUUUAGCGUUUCUGGAAAUAAAGCGUUUCAAU